AUGGACGACACAGAGACGCGUAAGAAGGGGCGUUCCUCCUUUGCCCGGCUGUUCACAAAGAAACGCAACGUGUCUGCGCCAGCAGUGCCCCUCACCCCAACAGCAGCGAGCAAUGCAGCUAUCAAUCUCGACUCUCCUGGACGGGCCUCGCCCACCACUCCGCGGGGCUUGGCGAUCAUCGCGCCCAACGGCGGCCUGUACCCACUCGACCAGUCCAACCCCUCGUCCCCCACUCCUCGUGCAAUGUCGCGCACAUCCUCUCUCGGCGCAAUCCGUCCUCUAUCGCGACCGACAUCCUCGUCUGCGCUGCGUGCAGAGUCGUCCCGGGCCAUGCCAAACCUGGUCUACUCUGCCGCGCACAGACCACCCAUGGGGGCUGGAUCAACACCGUCCCUCUCGCCGUUGUCGCAGUCUGGCACCACCGGCAUGAGCUUGUCCUCCCCCAACCUUCAGUCCCCCUCCUUAUCCCAAACAUCCCUCAUCCUCCCCGACCCAUCGUCGCGUAUCCAGCUCUUGUCCAAGGACCAUUACCACCUGCGAUUCGCCAGCACCUAUGUGAUCAACCUUAUCGCGCCGGCCCUCAAAACGGCCAACUUUUCAAAAUCAGCCAGGAACAUGGAAGUCAAGCGCAUCACCGAGGACCGCCUCGCACUCCUCAUGCGUAUGGAACGGACAUGGGGCAGCAGCUGGACCGACGCCGCUACAGAGCUGUUGAGCGGCGCGCAGUCGGGCGCGUCCACUGAAGUCCAGGAAGCCAAGCUACGCGCGUGCAACAUCACAGCCACGGCCAAGGCACGUGAGCGAAAGGUGUUUGUGUCGGCCAUGCGCGAUGGCAUCUUGUUUUGCUUCCUAUUCAACCGCCUGUUCCCGUCCCAACCCGCCGCCAUUCAACGCGUCAAAGUCCCCAAGGAUGACACGCGUAUUUCGGCCAACAUUGACCGCUUCCUCGCCGCGUGUCGCGAGCAAGGCGUACCGGAGAGCGAACUGUUUACGUUGGCCAAUCUAGACGAGAACUCGCCUUCGGGCCUCGCGUACGUCUCGCGCACAAUUCUCAUCCUGGCCGAGAUGGCAAGCCCAUCCGUGAUCGCACGUGCCAAUGCCAUCUCGUCCGCGAGGAGCAUUGGCCUGAAGCCUUCACCGUCGUCCGAGCGCCUGCCCUCUGCCGCCACCUCCAAACCUCCUCCUGCGCGAUCCAACUUGUCGUCCGAGUCGUCCCCGAGGUCGACGUUCAUCACACCCCCUGUUGCAUCUCGCAGUAUCUACGAGCGGCCGCUUCGCAGCAGUUCGAGCGACCUCUUGGCCCGCCUGCAACGCGAAUCUGGUGGCUCUAGCAACGCAAGCACGACGGGAACUGCAACGAGUGUUGCCAGUGUCGCCACUUCCAGUGUUCCAUCCACCUCUCCUCUGUCAUCCCGCGUUCCAUCAAUCGGGCCAAUCUCGACCAAGAUGGCCAGCUCUGCGUCGGGUGUGGCAUCUCCCACUGCCAUGACCCCCAUCGACUCGUCCAACAAGACACACGCCGUCUCCCGAUUGUCUGCAUCCGUCACUGCCACACCCCCGCUGUCGCCAGUGUCCACUUCGGCGGCGGCAGCGGCUACCCCGACGACCCCGGUGCGCUCCAGCAGCUCGACGCAUGGUACCCCGCCCACGGCCCGCCCUAUGACGCGCACCUUGUCGAGCAGCAAGGCUCAAGUCUCGUUCAAGCCCGACACUGGGUUGUCUCAGCCGUCCGUUCACGACUGGAGUAGCAGCGUUUCGUCGGCCCAGUCGACCAACCACCUCUCGCCACUGCAUGAGCGGGAACGCACGCCCAGCUUGGUCUCGACAAAUUCGCAGGCUGGGUCGUCGUACUCGCGCUCAAUCCGCGGCUCGGUGCCCACAAUUCUCGACGAGGAUAACCGCCCAAUUCACGCGGAAGUCGACUUUGACCCCAUGGAGAGUGGUACGAGCUCGUCCCUCAGUCACCCCCGCCGAAUGAGCGAGCAGACCCUCCAAGAGGCGCGUCGGAAGAUCAUUGGUACCCUCCUCACCUCGACAGAGGACCUCACGCUGCAGCCGACGCCGCCGGCGACCAACCGUGGCUCAUCGCUAGAGGAAGCUCGUGGCUUUGCUCUGUCGCAGUCGUUGGCCGCGCUAGAGGGGUCGCUGCCCUCGCUUGCCAAGCCACGCUCCGACUCGCCACGUCUCCGUCCUGUAUCACGCGGCAAACUUUCACAGAGCAUCGAGUUGCCUCAGGACAAACGGCUAAGUGAAGAGACCGGUUCCGUCACCCCGGCCUCUACACGACCAACCAGCGAGCUGCCACCGCGUCCCCGUAUCCGUCGCCUGUCAGCCAACGGCAAAAUGUACGUUCCCAAGCGCACCAACUCGCCCGCGUCGCCGAACCUCUCUCUGCACGGAAUGUCGAUGAUCACCCCUGGCAUUCCGCCCCUCGACCCUUCUUCGUUCAGUCGCCCUUCAACAAAGGAGGAACGCCGUCGGUCCGAAGAUUACGCGCACCCUGGCGUGACCUCGUCCAAUGCUCACCGGAUCAUGAACAUGCGCAACCAUUCGAUGAUCAACCUGCCUGCUACAAGCCGCAGGACAUCGACCCUGAGCCAAGGGUCGCGCGACAGCAUGGUCUACCCCAGCCUCCAGGUCCUCAACUUUGCAGAAGCUGGAAAGCCCCACGUGCGAUACCAGCUGGGCAACUGUAUCGGGCGCGGCCAGUUUGGCAGUGUGUACCGUUCGCUCAACCUGAGCACGGGCCAGAUGGUUGCGAUCAAGCGUAUCCGUCUGUCGGGCAUGAAGGAAGCCGAGGUCCGGGACGUCAUGCGCGAGGUCGAUCUUCUGCAGCGGCUGUCGCAUCCGGGGAUCGUCAAGUACCAGGGCAUGUCGCGCGACGAGGCGUUCCUCAACAUAGUGCUCGAGUUUGUCGAGAACGGUUCGUUGGGCCAGACGCUCCGCGCCUUUGGCCGGUUCAACGAGCGCCUUGUUGCCUCGUACGUGGCCAAGAUCCUCGAGGGUCUCUGCUACCUGCACUCGGAGGGCGUCGUGCACUGCGACCUCAAGGCAGCCAACAUCCUGUCCACCAAGAACGGCAACAUCAAGCUGUCGGACUUUGGCGUGUCGCUCAACAUGCGCGCGGUGGAGAAUUUUGCCGAGCGGGCAAGCAUGGGUCGCGCAGACGCGGCCAAGGCAAACGAGAUUGCCGGCACACCCAACUGGAUGGCUCCCGAGAUCAUCAAGCUGGCUGGUGCGUCGCCAAAGUCGGACAUUUGGUCGCUUGGCUGCACCAUUGUCGAGCUCCUCACGGGCAAGCCGCCAUACUCGGAUGUGGGCAACAGCAUGACUGUGCUGUUCCGCAUUGUCGAGGACCCUUUACCUCCCCUGCCCGACACCUCGCCGGCACUCCAAGACUUCCUCAGGCUCUGCUUCAUCAAGGAUCCCGCUGGCCGUCCAUCUGCGGCGCUGCUGUUCGACCACGAGUGGGUGCGUGCUGGCCACGGCGACAUUAUCACUCGCCCACAAGACAGCUUGCCGUUCAUCCGUCGCGUCAGCCAAGAGCCAAACCACCGUACCGCCGACAGUCGACGCGUCUUCUCGUCGAGCGCAGCUCUCAGUGCUGGCACCCCGGGCAGUCUGUCCAUGAAGGCACGCGUUGCCAGUGCGUCGCUAAUCGACCUCCACGCACCCCGCGCCGAGGUCGACCUUAAUGACACGCACAACCGCGCCCAAAUGUCCAUGGUCUCGCUGCACUCCAACUACCACCAGUCCAGGGAGCAGCUCAACUCGACGGCGGCCAAGGCCCAUGCCCUUGUCAAGACGACGUUUGCAAAGUCGAUCACGUGCCACGUCUGUCUCGAGGGCGUCAAGAAGGCGGCCUACCUGUGCCAGAACUGCGGUAUCAUUACACAUUCCAAGUGCGCCGACCGCGCCAAUGCACGCUGCGACGUCCGCGGACAGCUGGCACUGCUCGCGAGCCAACAGGACUGGACGGUGUCGAACAGCUCGUCCCGUGCCACGUCUCCACAGACCGAGCAACCCAACCCGUUGACCUCGCUCUCUGGGCGCCUCUUCGGCCGUAACCGCUCCAAGGCGUCGCUCCUCGCUGCCCCGUCAUCCACAUCGCUCGUCGAACCCCCCUGUACGCGCGGCCGGCGGGCCUCGUCCGGCGCGGCAUCCUUCAACUCGCGCCCCUUUGAGACCUCGACGUCGACGGGCGGCUCCGCCUCCGCCACCAUCUCGGGCGCGGACACGGUCGGCUCCCUCCGCUCGCGCCACUCGGAGACGAGCGAGGACGGCGGAAGUCUGCCUCACGACCGCCCGCUUAUCCGUAUCGACGAGGACGGGCCGGCCGGGAACAAUAACCCGUACAGGCGCUCGCCCGUGAUCAAGGUCAUGGAGCCGCCCAUCGAGGGCGGCGCACCUCGCCGGCGCGCGAGUAUGCGCCUCCUCCCACAGCGUAAAGGCAAGAAGAACGAGCCCGAGGAGCAGAAGAGCGACUGCAUCAUCGGGUGA